UCAGUUUCUGUCGUGGUGCAACAACAACAACAAACAUUAAACAUUCGUCGUCUCCCGAGCCAGACCACAAAAUUCCGUUUUCUCCGUAAUUUGGCUUCCGGUUCCAAGCCUCCUGUCCUGUCCUGUCCUGCUUGGCUGUCCUUCUCGGUUUUUCCCCCUCCACUCUCUUGCGACCUAACUGGCCAAGGUCCCGUUUCGUGUAGCAAUGACGCGCCGCUCCGGUAGCGGAGGCGCUGCCCUGUUCCUACUGCUGGUGGUGGUGGCCCUGGAAGGUGUCCUUUCCCUUCCGGUCGUAACGCAGCCACCCAAGAAGGAGGAACCGAAGGAGGAGGACCACUCCAAGGACAGCAACGUGGAACCUUUGGAGAAUGUGAUCGAAUACAACAAAUACCUGCAAGAGGUCGUGAAGGUGCUCGAGAGCGAUCCCUCGUUUAGGGAAAAACUAGAUAAAGCAGAAGAAAGCGACAUCCGGUCCGGCAAGAUCGCCCAGGAGCUGGAGUACGUGAAUCACAACGUACGCUCGCGGUUGGACGAGCUGAAGCGCAUCGAGCUGCAGCGACUGCGCGAGCUGGCCACGCGCCAGUUCGAGCUGACGAACGAGAUCGACCGGGAUCACAUGAAGAUUACUGAGCACGUCGAUCACGAAAACCAGCACACGUUCGAGAUUGAGGAUCUGAAGAAGCUGAUUCUGAAGACUUCGCAGGACCUGUCCGAGAACGAUCGGCGUCGGCGCGAGGAGUUCAAGCAGUACGAACUGCAGAAGGAGUUUGAGAAGCAGGAGAAGCUGCGGGAACUGGACGAGGAGAAUCGUAAAAAGUACGAGGAAGAGCUGAAGAAGCAGCAGGAGAAGCAUGACAAACACGAGAAGAUUCACCACCCUGGGAAUAAGGCUCAGCUGGAGGAGGUUUGGGAAAAGCAGGAUCAUAUGGAGGGUCAGGACUUUGAUCCCAAGUCAUUCUUCAUGUUGCAUGAUAUCGACGGGAAUGGGUAUUGGGACGAGAACGAGGUGAAGGUGCUGUUCAUCAACGAGUUGAACAAAAUGUACCAGGCUGGUGUUCCGGAAGAUGACAUGAAGGAGCGGGCCGAGGAGAUGGAAAGAAUGAGGGAGCACGUGUUCCAGGAAGCCGAUACCAACAAGGAUGGGUUGAUCAGUUAUGACGAAUUCUUGGAGCAAACCAAGCGGGAAGAGUUCCAGAAGGAUCCGGAGUGGGACACCGUCGAUCAUCAGCCUCAGUUUACCCAUGAAGAGUACCUUGAGUACGAACGACGCAACCAGGAGCAGAUCCAGCGGUUGAUCGCCGAGGGAAAGCUUCCACCCCAUCCUAAUAUGCCUCAGGGUUACUACCCGGGACAGGGCGGCCAAUACCAGGUUCAUCCCAACGCCAUCCCGCAGAACGCCCAGUACCAUCCCCAGGCGCAAGGACAUCCGAACCAAGUCCCGCACUACCAGCAACAACAACCACAACAACAUCACGGACAGCAAGGAUAUCCGCAGCAGGUGAAUCUUCACCCUAACCAGGUGUAUCAACACCACGCGGAUCCCAACUAUCAACAGCAAGCCUACCCGCAGCAACAACAUCCUCAACAAACUGGCCAGCAGUCCAACGUCUACCAGCAUCCGCCACCCCAACAACAGCAACAACAUCAAGUUCCAGUCCAACAACACCACCAGCAACCUCCGCCCCAACCACAACAACAGCAGCAGCAACAACAACCUCAACAACAACAAUAUCAACCCCCCGUCCAGCAAAACCAGAUUCCCAACAACAAACCUGCUGCCGCGGCUCCGCAACCCCCCGUCAACCCACCAGUCCAACCGCAGCAACAACAACAACCCAUAGCCAACAACCAGGCGGCUCCACAGCCCGUGUCCCAGCAACAGCAGCCCCAGCCGCAACAACAAAACAUUCCAAAUGUUGGACAACCUCCCGUACAAGCGGCGGCCAAACACUAGCGAGAUAUACUCGCACAGCAGCACGCGGAACUCCAAGAGAUUCUGAGACGAGAGCCAAGCGAAGAGGAAGGAAUUUAAACAAUAAUAACUUUAAAACGACAGCAGGGGUAGCACAGACACUCACACACACUACUAAGCAGUAUGAACAUUAGCAUUUUUUUGAAUCUUCAAUGAAAAUUUUUAUUAGGGCAGAAAAGGGGGGAUAAUA